AUGUUCGAGGUAAUCUGGACCGACCCGAACAGGGAGUCGGUCGGCGAGAGGAAGAACCGCAAGAAUGCGGAGCAGACCAGGAGAAGGAAGGAGGAAAACCGCCUCCUUCAGAAAUCGACGCAAUCAACGAGCUCGGCAAGCGUCGACACACCGCUUCCGGGCGUGUUCGGGAAUUACGGCUCCGGCAAUCAAGAUGUACAGUCACACGAGACCGCUGGGCCAGCCGCCCUGCGCUCCGACAGCGCCGCGAGUGGCUCUGCUGGCCGUCGAGACUCAUUUUUUGGCUCCCCGCUUUCGCACGUCUCCUCUUCGGGCAGCCGCCGCCAGCGCCCUGUCCGAUUUGUGGAUGAUGGCCCGUCAUACGCCCAGACCUUGGACGAGUUUUCGGAGACUUCACUUGGUCUGGGAUCUCGAGACUCGAUCUUCUCGAAGCCUCAUAGGCAGCCUACGGCAUCGCCCCCAGUGACUCCCGCCUCCGUCUUCGGAGGCUCUCAUCGCCCGCUGGAUUCGAACUCAAAGGUGGUUCAGACUCUCGGCCCAGGCUCCUCCAUCGUCAAAACAACCGAGGUCAUUAGUACCCCUCGGUCGCCUGGCCUGGACUUGGAGCGCUUGAUGUCUGAUGUCACUAUCAGUGCCGAUCCUGGUCCGGUUCCGCGAGCGACUUCACCGCCACCUACUGAGCUACCGAAGUCUGUUCAGACCAAGAACUGGCUAUCUUCAAUCCCCAACACGGCGCGGCCGCUGUCUCCUCAGCUGAGGGAGUCGCGACUCGGGCUGGGUCCUUUGCCUAUGCCCAGACAUAAGAUUCCUUCAACCCCCAGAGGCCCCAGGAUUCCUGUCGUGGCGAGCCCCGACUCCGUCUUCCAAAACGAGCACCCGGAUUCUUGGAAGCCGCCCGAUACGUGGGAUUGCAGCCCGGCGCCGAAGCCAGUCAUAACUCUGACCUCGAUGGAUGCCAUGCUGAAGACCCGAACAGAGCAACACACUCGCAAAUCAGCCUCCUUCUCAAUGGAUCUCGGCUCUUUGCAGCGUGAGAUGAAGAUGAUGGAGGCUGCGACCCCACAGACUAUCCUUACGCGCCUGAAGGAGCAGUGGGAUGAUUCGAAAGACCCAGCGGUUUAUCAAGAGACUGUCAUGGAGAAGCAGAGGUGGAUGCUGUCAGCCAUGUACAACGUGGACCGGCCAGGCAUUGACGGUUCGAAGGAGGAGAGUGCCAUGGUACCUGGCAUUCAAGACAAAGAUAUGAAGAUCCUGGCGCUCUUUGAGAGCCAAUCUACGGCAUCAUACCUAGCUGCUGCCCACGCCGACUCCUUCAUCUACCACAUGUCGCCGACCCCGAUUUCGAACGAUCUCUUCCCGAAUGUUCUCCCAUCGGCCCUUCCGAUUGUCUCGCACGCUUCCUUGUCGGUGGCCCCAGACAUGUUUUCAGCCGUCUACUGCCUGUCACUCCCGUCCCUGGUAGCAUCCUCGGAGAUCCCUCCCCUGCUGCGGACCAUACAUCGCACUCUGGCUCCCGGCGGCGCAGCACACCUUACCCUUAUCGAUCCCGCGCCGGUCCCCCAGUCACUAGGGCCCCGCAUGCGGCUCUGGCUUGAGGAGAACUUGCAGAUGAACCUGGAGCGCAAGUUCCGAUGCAUCCACCCAAGGAAGCUGGUUCCUGGCUGGAUGGCUGAUGCUCACCUGCGUGGUGCCUGCAGCACAAUUACGACGGUCAAGUUCUUCGCGAUCCCGCCAGCUCACGAAACAUCGACUUCACACGCCACAACCACUUUGGCCAGGGCCACGGGAGCGAGCACUUCUACCUCUGUGUGUGGGACCGACGAUGGAACGGCCAGCAGUAUAGGCAGCCUCAGCAGCGCCAAGGCGGCAGAUAUCCGGGUCCGAACAGAGCUACGCAGUGUUGUCGGUCGAAUGCUCUGGCGUGAGGUCUGGGGUAAAUACAUCACUGGAAGCAACUGGUGGUGGGAUGACCCGCUCUGCGUCAAGGAGUGCCAGGAGAUGGGAACUCACUGGAUCUACGAGAUAAUCGUGGGUAUCAAGGAGAGUGCCCAGCCAUCUCAAUAA